UGGCAUAAGGGUUUACUAGUAAAGUUAAAAGCAAAAGGAUUACCACCAUCCUUAGUGAAUUGGUUUGAAAGCUAUCUCUCAAAUAGAGAAAUUGUGACCACGGUAGACGGUAUUACAUCGUCAGCAAAAAUCGUUGAUAGAGGAGUGCCCCAAGGCUCGGUCUUGGGACCGUUACUGUUUUUGAUUUUUAUUGAUGAUCUUGGUGAUAAUGUUAGUGCAACAAUGCGAUUGUUUGCUGACGAUGCCUCACUCUACCGCGUUACAGAGAAUAACGAUAUUAGAAAAGUUAUAGACCAAGUAAAUAAAGAUUUACUCUUAAUUUACGAAUGGUCUAUAACUUGGAAAUUGCACUUAAAUAUUGAUAAAUGUAAAGCUACGAUUUUUUCUACUCGUGAACGCGAUACUCUCGCUUCGCUACCACCCGUCUUGAUCAAUAAGUUGUCCAUCUCUUAUGUUGCUGAACAAAAACAGUUAGGCUUAAUUUUAAGGUCAAAUCUAGACUGGACAGCGCACGUAGAUUAUGUUUUAAAUAAAGGAAGUCGUUUAACUGGUCUUCUAAAGCUUCAUACACGUGCGUUAUCUAGACAGGCAUUAGACAAGCUAGUGUACAAGUCAUUUGUUUUAAACUUGUUCACUUACGCGUCAGCGGUAUAUGGAAAUACAUCUGACAGAAAUCUUGAUCGACUUGAGUCAGCACAAUACAAAGCUGCAAGAGCGGUGUCAGGCGCUAUGAUGCACAGUUCUAAGGAGCGAGUGUUUAGAGAUUUAGGAUGGGAGCCGUUGCGAGUUGUUUUUAAGCGACACAGCGAAGCUGUCCGCAGCACACAGUGGGCAUUUUUUGCCAGAGCAGGCGGACUUUAG